GCCAAAAGAAUUGACGUGUUUAUUUCGCUUACCUAUCGGCAAUUCGCAUUGUUUAGCCGAUAACUUGAUCGGUCUCAUUUUCGUACCCGGUGUUUUAUAAAAAAAAUAAAUUAAUUAGCGUUAAAUCUAAACACAAUGUUCAACUCAUAUUUCUUGGGUAUUUUAAUAUGCGUGGCUGGGUCGGCGACAGCUUUUUACGACUCGUAUUCAGAUGUUGUGGAACUUACACCACAUAAUUUCGACCGGCUAGUCACAAAUGGAGAUGAAGUGUGGCUUGUGGAAUUCUACGCGCCGUGGUGCGGCCACUGUAAGAACCUAGUUCCUGAAUACAAGAAGACUGCAAGAGCAUUAAAGGGUGUAGUUAAAGUUGGAGCCAUGGAUGCAGACCAGCAUAAGAGCUUUGCUAGCCAAUUCGGAAUCACAGGUUUUCCAACCAUCAAAGUCUUCACUGGCAGGAAGAGCCACCCAUACAAGGGUCAAAGGACAGCAGAAGCAUUUGUUGAUGCAGCCCUCAAGGCUGCCAAGGACAAGGCCUAUGACAGCCUCGGCAAACGAUCCAACGACUACACAUCAGACAAGUCGGAUGUCAUCACGUUGACUGACGAGAACUUCAAGGAGCUGGUGUUGGACAGCGAGGACCUCUGGCUGGUGGAGUUCUACGCGCCGUGGUGCGGACACUGCAAGAACCUGGAGCCGCACUGGGCUAAGGCCGCUACUGAACUCAAGGGCAAGGUGAAACUAGGAGCUUUAGACGCGACAGUACACCAGUCGAUGGCCGGCCGCUACCAGGUGCAAGGCUACCCCACCAUCAAGCUGUUCGCCUCCGGCAAGAAGACGUCCGACUCUGUCGAGGACUACAACGGCGGCAGGACCUCCAGCGACAUCGUGACCUUCGCUCUCGAGAAGUUGGCUGAGAAUGUUCCCGCGCCCGAGAUUAUUCAGAUCGUGAGCGAGGACACGAUGAAGGCGUGCAGCGAGAAGCCGCUGUGCGUGGUGUCGAUCCUGCCGCACAUCCUGGACUGCGGCGCCGCCUGCCGCCAGGACUACCUCGCCGUGCUCGCGCGCCUCGGGGACAAGUACAAGAACAAGAUGUGGGGAUGGGUUUGGGCUGAAGCAGCGACCCAGCCAGCAUUAGAACAAGCACUGGAACUCGGCGGCUUCGGCUACCCCGCCAUGGCUGUGGUCAACGCUAAGAAACUUAAAUUCUCCACUCUAAGGGGAUCCUUCUCAGAGACUGGCAUUAACGAGUUCCUUAGGGAUCUCUCCUUCGGUCGCGGACAGACAGCUCCAGUGAAGGGCGCUGAGAUGCCCAAGAUCGUGGCCUCCGAGCCCUGGGACGGCAAGGACGGGGAACUGCCGCAGGAGGAGGACAUCGACCUCUCCGACGUCGACCUCGAGAAGGACGAGUUAUAAGAACCAGUGAAGGGCUCUCUGCUACGAGCUGAAUGAAUGAACUUUAUAGUGUCUCUGCUACAUUCUAAUACUGCCCUCAGUGUCAUUCUGCCAGUGUCCAUUAUUUUAACGAGUAUCGUAUCGUAAAGUCGUUACAAAUUCAUUGUUUAUGUACUUACUAUAGCCCUUUUUGCUUCACUCAAAUUAAGACAGUGUGUGGGAAUUCUUAAAAGGAUUGACUAAGUAAAUUCAAGCCACAUAAUAUGUUAAACGCAAUCAAUUGUGGAAUUCCAGGAAAGAUUGUUGCAGGCAAUAACAACUAAUUAAAUACAAAAGGUCACAAUUUGAUUGCUAAACCAAUUAACUUCAUGAUAAUAUUAUAUUUUCAAUCAAUCGUACAUCUUUACGAUACUUGGUGUUAAAAUGAUUCCCACUCUCUAGAUUAUCAUAUCAAUUACGCUAGUUAUAUUGUAUUAUGUGAAGGUGGUUGCAAAAGAAACAGAGUCAACGAUAAGUUUCUAGGUAUCUGUAUUUAUUGUGUCCAGUUUCUAAUAGUUCAUGCGAAACGGGAAGUGUCCCAUUUAGGAAGUAAUUUCGAAUUAUUAGACAAUGCUACUGACUAUACGGGAUCUUAUUUCUAUAAUCAAUUUGCAUUUACUUUACUAUUUUUGUAAUACAUAUUAACAUAAAUAAUCACAAUUAAUGUAUUUUACGCGAGUUUUAUAUCUCAGGGCCGCGAUUUAAAACGACUGAUAUUUUGAAAUAAUUUUUAGUUAAUGAUUUGAUAAAAAAUGAAUUCAUACCGAUACUUAAUAUUAGUUCAGUUAGAUUAACGAUAUGUACAUUAUUUAUCUACUAUUCUUCCAGUAUGUGUAUUUGGUAAGCAUUUAUUGACGUGACAUGUGUAUUGAAGAAUUGUAUGAUUGUAAAAUCGCUAAUAAAUUUUUAUUAAGAACAAAA